ACCUUUCAACAUCACUAGUUUGAACUUACAAUACUUAAGUCCUGGCAAGUCAUAUGUGGGGAAAAUGUCUCUCCCACGAUUCCAAAAAGUAAACUUUGGGACAUAUGAUAAUUACAUUCCAGUCAGUGAAUUAAGCAAAAAAUCAUGGAAUCAACAACACUUUGCCCUGUCAUUUCCAAAACCACAACGGCCAGGAACGAAAAGAAGAUCAAAACCUUCUCAAAUAAGGGACAAUACAGGUCCUACAAUUGAUGAAGAACAAUUAAGAGGAGGUCAUAGACGACCAUUAUGGAUGUACCGUUCUCUAAUGAGAAUUCCCGAGAGACCAUCCGUUUAUUUAGCUGCCAGGAGGCAGCCUCUCAAACCAACUCGUACUGCCAAGGCAGAUUCUAAAGCAGCAGAUAUUGGUAAGAAAGGUGAAGACAAGACAACAGAGAAGGACACAACAGGCUCCGAAUCAGAAUUAAAACAAGGGAAAAAAGAUUUAAAGAAAGGCAAGGAUGUAGAUAAAGGAAAAGAUGAAAAGCUAGAUGCAAAGAAAGAUAGCAAAAAAGGUGAAAAAGAUGCAAAGAAGGGAAAAGACUCGGCUACAGAAUCUGAAGAUGAAAAAGGAGGUGCAAAGAAAGAUAGGAAAAAAGGUAAAAAGGAUGCAAAGAAGGGAAAAGACUCAGCUACAGAAUCUGAAGAUGAAAAAGGAGAUGCAAAGAAAGAUAGCAAAAAAGCCAAAAAAGAUUCAAAGAAGGGCAAGGAUUCAACCACAGAAUCAGAAUCUAUAAAAGCAGAUGAAAAGAAGGAUGAGGAUGGGAAAAAAGAUGCAAAGAAAGGUGAUGAACUGAAGGAUGCCAAGAAAGAUGCUAAGAAAGAUGCAAAGGAGAAUAAAAAGGAUAAGAAAGAUAAGAAGAAGCCCAGUAGUACAGACAGUGACUCAAAGGAUGAUGCCAAGAAAGAGUCUAAGAAGGAUGCCAAGAAAGAUGCAAAGAAAGACUCUGACAAAGAAUCUUCUGACUCAAAGAAGGAUGCAAAGAAGGAUGCAAAGAAAGAUGCAAAGAAGGAUGCAAAGAAGGAUGAAAAGAAGGAUGCAAAGAAGGAUGAAAAGAAGGAUGCAAAGAAGGAUGAAAAGAAGGAUGCAAAGAAGGAUGCAAAGAAAGAUGCAAAGAAGGAUGCAAAGAAGGAUGAAAAGAAGGAUGCAAAGAAGAAGGGCAAGUAG